GUCGGGGUGGUAGAGACCCUCUCAUUUUUCGUGUUGACCUUCGAUUCCAGAACUUCAGAGCUAACUGACUGGCACUGAGUCCAGUGGGGGCAGGGUGGGAGAGUGAGGAGCAGAGAACUAACAUGUGCAGGAUUCGGAGGCUAGAAGCGAAAAUGGGCUGCUGACUAGAAAUACCCCCCCCCCCCCAAAGAAGACUGAGUCAGCUGGAGAUUCAGAGCACUCACCUAGCCUGUGCUCCACCCAGGAGCCCAGAGAAAUCUCUAAACUUUUCUAAUUUGCAUAAGGGUCCUUUGUUUCUGCUCCUCGAGCCCUAAGUUCCCUGUGGCUGGAAGGACAGAGCUUGUUGAUCUAAAAGACCACCCCCUCCUCCCAAGGAACAAAGAUGAAGGCUUCUGGAGCCAUUUUGGCCCAUUAACACCCACCGUCUGCUCACUGUUAGGUAUAGGAGGGGAUGGGGGGGGAGUUGGGGUAGUGCCAGGAAGUUCUUGCCUACAAAGAAAGUGCAGCCCCAUAAGCCAAAAAUAUGGAGAUGCUACAGCUGUGGCUCUUCCCUGCCCGAUGCGACUGAAGGAUGGGGAAUUCCUGAGGAUGGUCCCAAGAGGGCCUGGCUCCCUAGGGAAGUGGGAAUAUCAGGGACUGACUGUACCUUAGUAAUCCUGAACUUCACCAAAGAGCCUUUACCAGGAAGAGAUCUUUAGGCUGCUGGACGAGGGCAUCACUGCAGAAGGGGAAACUAAGGCAGACCUCCCUUUACAAGAGGGUCAUUGCAACAUGAGACCCAGGAGAGCUGCCAGGCAACCCAGCCCCGCCUACUGUGCCUGGGUGCUGAUCCCCAGCUCGACCACUCAGGAGAGGGGAUUGGCUGAGGAACAUAAAGAGGGGGCGUCACCAGUACCUCGCCCAAAGGUUAAAUAGGGGUUCAGGCAAGCAAGCAAGAUGUUCUGGAGAAGUGCUCUCCUCUGUGGCUUCCCCAAACCAAGCCAUGACCCAGGCCCUCAAGCUCGCCUCCAGAGUGUUCCAUCGCAUCCACUGGGCUCCCAAGCUGGGCUCCUCACUGGGCUCCAGAGGCUCCGACUCAGCACCCCGCAGCUUGGCGGACAUCCCAGGCCCCUCCACACCCGUCUUCCUUGCUGAACUUUUCUGCAAGGGCGGUCUGUCGCGGCUACACGAGCUGCAGGUGCAGGGCGUUGCGCGCUUCGGGCCUGUGUGGUUGGCCAGCUUCGGGAAGGUGCGCACCGUGUACGUGGCGGCCCCUGCCCUCGUCGAACAGCUCUUGCGACAGGAGGGGCCCCGGCCCGAGCGCUGCAGCUUCUCGCCCUGGGCAGAGCACCGACGCCACCGCCAGCGGGCUUGCGGGCUGCUCACCGCGGAAGGCGAGGAAUGGCAGAGGCUCCGCAGCCUCCUGGCCCCGCUGCUCCUCCGGCCUCGAGCCGCCGCCCGCUACGCCGCGCCCCUGGCCGACGUGGUCCGCGACCUUGUGCGGCGCCUGCGGCAGCAGCGGGGCCGCGGCGCCGGGCCGCCCGCCCUGGUUCGGGACGUGGCCGCAGAGUUCUACAGGUUUGGACUAGAAGGCACAGCCGCCGUGCUCCUGGGUUCCCGCCUGGGCUGCCUGGAGGCCCAAGUGCCCCCCGACACCGACGCCUUCAUCCGCGCCGUGGGGUCCGUGUUUGUGUCCACGCUGCUGACCAUGGCGAUGCCCGGCUGGCUUCACCGCCUGGUGCCCGGGCCCUGGGGCCGCCUCUGCCGAGACUGGGACCAGAUGUUUGCAUUUGCCCAGCAACACGUGGAGAGGCGGGAGGCCGAGGUAGCCUUGAGGAGCGAGGGGAAGGCCGCGGAGGAUGUGGGAUCUGGGGCACACCUGACCUACUUCCUGCUCCGGGAAGAGCUGCCUGCCCCGUCCAUCCUGGGCAACGUGACGGAGCUGCUACUGGCUGGCGUGGACACGGUAUCCAACACGCUCUCCUGGGCGCUGUAUGAACUCGCUCGGCACCCGGACGUGCAGACUGCGCUCCACUCUGAGAUCACAGCUGCCCUGGGCCCUGGCUCCAGUGCCCACCCCUCAGCUGCGGCUCUAUCCCAGCUGCCUCUGCUGAAGGCAGUGGUCAAGGAGGUGCUGAGACUAUACCCUGUGGUACCUGGAAAUUCCCGUGUCCCAGACAAAGACAUUCGUGUGGGUGACUAUAUUAUCCCCAAAAAUACACUGGUCACACUGUGUCAUUAUGCCACUUCAAGGGAUCCUGCCCAGUUCCCAGAGCCAAAUUCUUUUCGUCCAGCUCGAUGGCUGGGGGAAGGUCCAGCCCCCCACCCAUUUGCCUCUCUUCCCUUUGGCUUUGGCAAGCGCAGCUGCAUGGGGAGACGCCUGGCAGAGCUUGAGCUGCAAAUGGCUUUGGCUCAGAUCCUGACUCACUUUGAGGUGCAGCCUGAGCCAGGUGCUGCCCCGAUCAGGCCGAUGACCCGGACUGUCUUGGUACCCGAGAGGAGCAUCAACCUACAGUUUGUGGACAGAUAGACCCGUAGGAAGAAGCUACCAUAGUCACCCUUCCCCUCAUUGGAGGGAUUUAUUAGGCACAAGACCAAGAGAUACGUAUUCCCCCAAGACCUAUUUGACCAGACAGACUGCUUAGAAGGACCAUAGCAAACUGGUCGAGGCAGCCCUGACCAAUGUGUGAAGCAUGCAUUGUCCUGACCCAUCAAGCCCUGGGAAAACCAUGGUCCCUCGGCCUGCUCAGCCUUUCUCCUGGCCAUAUCACAUGCAUCCGGCAAGGGACAACUCAGAUUUUAAUAAUAUUGGGUGGCCUGAGAAAGAAUUCAACCACUGCCCUUUUGGGGCUUCCCUUUUGGGGUUGUUGGGUAAGCACUUAUCACCACCUGAGCUAAGUAAGUGUGCAUCUGGUCUGUACCGGGUUGAUUUCUCUCCUUGCAUGUGAGCUCUUUGAGAGGAAGAAGGAGACCUUAUUCAGUCUUUAUAACCCCUGCCAAGGCCUACCCCCGACUGGGUGAUGCCAUACAGGUUCUCCAAUUGAAUCUGGACCAUGUGGCAGAAGGAAUACGCGGCUUGCCAGGCCCUAUCUACUCUCCUCCUUCAUCAUCUUGCCCCUAGCAAAGUGAGGCUGCCCUCACCUGGUUUAUGAUGUUGUGAACAUCAUGUUCAUGACGUUAUGAUGUUUUGAAACUCCUUGACUCUUUGGUCACUAUUCGAGGUUGGCUUGUCCCACCACUUAGUGCCCAGGCAGAGACAUCUUUGGGCUUAUGUGUACUUAUGCCUUCCUUUUAUAUAUGGAAUUUUUUAAUAUUCAUAGUUUUGAAAUAAAAGAAUCAAAUGUUC